CGAAAAUGUCUAUGAUAGAUACCUGCGUAAUCAGAAAUGUCACAUUUCACAAAAUCACAAGUUGUUGUUGUAUUUUGUUGUUAUUUUUAGGUUAUAAAUAUUACUUAGCUUCUUCAAUUUGAAGGACGCUUUAUUAUUUAUGUAUAAAACGGCUAGUUUAAAUGAAACUGCAACAUGAAUCCUAUGACAAAUGUAAAGAAUGUGCUAAAGUUGAGCGAACGCGAACUAUCUAACAAAUCCAAGACCUCUUGGCACGAUCAAUAUAAAGACAGUGCCUGGGUGUUUGUUGGAGGCCUACCCUACGAUCUGACUGAAGGAGAUAUAAUAUGUGUUUUCUCUCAAUAUGGUGAAAUAGUCAAUAUAAAUUUAGUGCGAGAUAAAGCUACCGGAAGAUCUAGAGGCUUUUCGUUUAUAUGUUAUGAAGAUCAACGGUCUACAAUCUUAGCUGUAGAUAACUUAAAUGGAAUCAAAAUCUUAGGCCGUACAAUCAGAGUGGAUCAUUGCGAGCAGUACAAUGCACCCAAUGCUGACAUGAGUAAAGUUGAUGAAGUGACAGCUGCUAUAAGAAUGGAAGGCUGUGCACCUCAGCUAAUACCCAGAACUGAGACUGUGGUGAAGGAGGUGAUCAAAGAGGAGGAGAAAGAAGAAAAAGAUAAAACAAUAGCAGGAAAAAUUAAGAAAAAAGAAAAGAAGGAUAAAAAAAGUAAAAAGAAGAAGAAGAAGAAAAGUAAAAAGAGCUCAUCAGACUCAGAAUCAAGUAAUUAAGUUUAUGUAAAUAAAAGAUUAUUUAAACAUAG